AUGACAACGCCUCUGUGUCCGUUUCCGAUUCAGGCUGUCCGGCAGCCCGCGGCCCAUGGCCUCUCCCAGAUAACCAAGAGUCUCUACCUCAGCAACGCUGUGGCAGCCAAGGACAGAUUCAUGCUAUCUACCAACCACAUCACCAUGGUCAUCAAUGUGUCGGUGGAGGCGACCGACAUGUUCUUCGAAGACAUCCAGUACAUAAAAGUGCCGCUGGCGGAUGCUCCCAACUCGCGCCUCUACAACUUCUUUGACUUUAUUGCAGAUCACAUCCACAGCGUGGAGAUGAUGCAAGGCCGAACGCUGCUGCACUGCGCUGCGGGGGUGAGCCGCUCUGCCACGUUCUGCCUUGCCUACCUGAUGAAGUACCACUCCAUGUCUCUGCUGGACCCCCACAGGUGGACCAAGUUCUGCCGCUCCACCAUCCGGCCCAACAACGGCUUUUGGGAGCAGCUUAUCCAUUAUGAAUUCAAGCUGUUUGGCAAGAACACCGUUCACAUGAUCAGUUCCUCACUGGGGAUGAUUCCCGACAUCUAUAAGAAAGAAAGCUGUUUGAUGACGCUGAUGGGAGUCAUUCCGGCCAGCCGCUAA